AGCUUCCAUGUUCCCAGUCUUCCUCCCGUAGAGGUUUGCAGGGUUCCUUUAUCCAUGGGAGAGGACGGACAUGGUCUGCAUGGUCAUCAAGGCCAUGAAGGACUCGAGCAUCUUCGACAGGAGGGUGGCAGAGGACAUCCUGGAGCUGGUCCUGAGCGACCUCGACUUCUGGCUGGCCAAGGUGGGUGCCCCAUGGCUACGUUCCCAUCCCCUUCAGUCCCUACUCCUCCAUCUCAAACCUAGGAGGUGUCUUGGGUACCCAAAGCAGCAGAGAUGGAUGGGGAACGCGGUCCCAGCACCAUCCUCACCCAUGCUCCCCCUUCCAGAUGCCGAGCGUCGUGAGGAGCAUCCAUGAAUGCCUGCGGAAUAGCAGCAGGGAAGACACGUGGAGAAGGAUGGACAGGCUCCUCAUCAUGAUGGCCAUCAACUACCCGAGGGCACUGGCGGUCAACAUGGUCCUCAACGUGCCCUUGAGAGACAGGUACCAGCCUUGAGGGCUUGGUCCCUAUGGCCACCAGACCCAAGGACCCACGGCAAUGGAUGAUCUUAAGGCCCUUUCUAUGAUGCUAUGAUAUCUCUGAGGAGCGGGUCCCUGCAUCCCACUCCAUGGGGAGCACCACCGCUAACCCCCAUAGGGCAUCCCAUGGGAUGUGUGGACCACGCUGACUCAGCGCCCUGCCUUCCAGCGCUGAUGUGGACAUGUGGAAGAUGGUUCUGAACAUAUCCAGGACUUCAGAGGCCCUACGGGAGCUGCUGGGGAUGCUCCAGGACACCCGGGACACCUCCAUCCCCAACUUCGUUGUGAGUACCCAAAGGGCCCUGAUGGCCUCCCAUGAGCCCUGCAGGCUCGGUGGGGUCUCAAUGCCUGUGUUUGCCUUUAGCCCAUGGCCUCUGGUGCUGGUGGUGCUGAGGGCGCUGAGGACCCCCAGAGCCUGAUGACAGCGUCCGUGCUGCUGGAAAGCCUCUUGGAGCUGUCGGAGAAACCUGACUUGGCAAGGAAACUGCAGCGGCUCCUGCCCCACAUCAUGGGUGAGCUUCCGGAUGUCGAUGAUGAGCUCAGGAUAAAGGCCCUGAUGAUCCUAUCAAAUGUGAUGGGUCACCUACCAAGGGAGGAGGCCAGCCCCAUUGCCGUGGGGCUGGUGCAGGACAUCCAGCCCCUCUUUGAUGGAGGAUGCAGCCGGCUCCGGGAGCUCUCCAUCCGCCUGAUCUGGCUCCUGCUGGAGUCGGUGUUUGGUCGUGACAGGAGGAGGAUGAGGAGCAAAACCUGGGAUCUGCUGCUCCCGCUCUUCUUCCACAUGAGCGACCAAAGCCGCAGCGUGGCUGAGGCUUCCCGGGGAGCUCUCCUUGCUGCGGCCACGCUCCUGGAAUGGGAAGAGCUCCGGCGCCUAUUGGAGACGAGGCAGAUGUGGAGGGUUGCAGAGUGCUUGCUGGAGCGGAGCAGGAAGAGGGCUCAAAGAUACCUGCACCAGAGCCUGCGGUACCUGCAGGAUGCUCAGGUCCCCCUGCAAGAGGCAGCCGUCAGGUUCAUUGGAUUGGCCGCACGGCCCCUCAGAGGGAAAAGCCCAUGGAAGCUGCAGCAGAUCUGCAGAGGUGAGGAGGGAGCUGCAGCUGGGGGGAUGCUGUUGGCUACAGAGGGGCUCAUCCCGCUCUCUUUGGAUCACAGCUCUGGAAGCGCUGCUGGAUGAGGGCGAUCCCGGCCUCCGUUCCCUGACGGCUCAGACCCUGCUCAUCCUCAGGACCCCACCAGCGCAGCGGAGCCUGGGAUCCCGCCUGCGGGCGCUCUGCUGCUGGGAAUGCUGCAGUUUUCCUUAGGGAAAAAGAUGGCAGAGACAGACCCGGACCGAGGAGCUCUGGAGACCGAAGGGCAUCGCCUCCGCCGUCCCAUUCCCUGCUCUCCAUCUCCGAUGGCAUCCA